AUGAAAACUAGAUUUUCAUCUAUCGAUAUUAGAACUACUGUGUUCAAUUUACAAAAAUCUUUAAUUGGCCUCAGAUUAGCAAAUCUUUAUGAUCUUAGUCCUAGAGUAUUUUUAUUAAAAUUUUCAAGACCAGAUUUCAAAAAGAAUUUAAUCAUUGAAUCUGGUAUUCGUAUUCAUAGUACAAACUUUAUUCGUGAUAAAGGAGAUCAUACACCAGCCCCAUUUUCUUUAACUUUAAGAAAAUAUUUAAAAACCAAAAGAUUAGAAAGUGUUAAACAAUUAGGUGUUGAUAGAGUUGUAGAUUUUACAUUUGGUUCAGGUGUUGCAGUACAACAUUUAAUUAUCGAACUUUAUUCAAUUGGUAAUAUUAUUUUAACAGAUGGCGAUUAUAGAAUUUUAGCAAUUCUCCGUACACAUCAAUACAAUCAAGAUGAAAGUGUUGCUGUUGGUGAUGUCUAUCCAGUUAAUAAAGCAAAGAAACCAACUGAAUUUACAACCGAAUUAAUUGAUUCAAUCAUCGAAAAUACUCAAGAUAAAAAAGAAACUUUAAAACAAGUAUUUAAUAAAUCAUUAGAUUUUGGUCCAGAGUUAAUUGAACAUUGCAUCUUAUCAGCUGGUUUACAACCAUCAUUAAAACUAGAGCAAUAUGAUCACUCUGUUAGUAGUCAAGCUUUAAUUAGUGCUUUCAAAGAAGGACAAAAAAUUUAUGAUCAAUCAGUUGCAUCAAAAGGUUAUAUUGUAUUAAAAGAUCCAAAACAACAAAAACCACAACAACAAAAGAAACAACAACAACAAACUUCCACUACAGCUGAACCACCAAAAGAAAUUGUAAUGUAUGAAGAAUUUGUACCAUUUUUAUAUAAACAAUACGAAUCAAAGAAAUAUAUUGAAUAUGAUUCAUUUGAUGGUGCUGUAGAUCAAUUCUUUUCUGAAAUCGAAUCUCAAAAAUUAGAACAACAAAGAAUUCAACAAGAACAAACUGUAUUAAAGAAAUUAGAUAAAGUUAAAGAGGAUCAGCAAAGAAGAAUUGAUAGUUUAUUUGCAAAUGAAGCAGAGAAUGUAAGAAAAGCUGAAUUAAUCGAAGCCAAUCUUCAAGAGGUAGAUCAAUGUAUUUUAAUUAUUCGUAGUGGUGUCGCAAACUCAAUGAAUUGGGAUACUCUUAAUCAAUUGCUCAAGGAGGAGAAAAAGAAGAAUCCAUAUUCAGUAGCAACUAAAAUUCAACGUUUAAAAUUAGAAUCCAAUCAAAUUACUUUAGCUUUAACCGAUGGCUUUUUAUAUGACGAUGAUGAAGAGGUCAAUAAAACUAAUAAAAAACCAACUUUAAUUGAUGUCGAUAUCAGUUUAUCAGCCUUUGCCAAUGCUAGAAAAUACUAUGACACUAAAAAGCAAUCACAUGAAAAAGCACAAAAAACUAUUUCUCAAGCUGAAUUUGCUUUAAAAGCUGCCGAAAGCAAAACCCGUCAACAAUUAUCCGAAGUUAAAUCAAAACAUUCAAUGAUCCAAAUGAGAAAGGUAUUUUGGUUUGAAAAGUUCCAUUGGUUUAUUAGCUCUGAUAACUAUAUUGUAGUAAGUGGUAGAGAUGCUCAACAAAAUGAACUUUUAUUCAAAAAGUAUUUAGAAAAAGAUGAUGUCUAUGUUCAUGCUGAUAUUUUUGGUUCAACAAGUUGUGUUAUUAAAAAUCCAAAUGGUGGUGAAAUUCCACCAAAUACCUUAAUUCAAGCUGGUACAAUGACAAUGUGUUACAGUAAUGCUUGGUCUGCUAAAGUCGUUACUAGUGCCUAUUGGGUAUACUCUCACCAAGUUUCAAAGACUGCUCCUUCAGGUGAAUAUCUCACAACAGGUAGUUUUAUGAUUAGAGGUAAAAAGAACUAUUUACCACAUUCACAAUUGGUUAUGGGCUUUGGUUUUAUGUUCAAGAUUGAUGAAUCUUGUAUUGGUAACCAUUUAAAUGAAAGAAAACCAUUACUCUCUGGCUCAAAUAAUCACGAAGAUGACGGUGAUGCUUCAAAUAACUCUUCUGAAAUUGUUACUACCAAUGACGAUGAAAAGCAUUUAAGAAAAUUCGAAAGAACCAAAUUAAAAAAAGAACAAAAAGAAAUGAAAGAAUUGGAAGAAUUAACAAAAUUAGAAAUUAAAGAAGGUGGUGGUGAUAUUGAAGAGGAAGAGGAAAAGGAAGAGGAAGAAAUCGUCAAACCAGCACCAACUACAAAAACUGCAACCAAACCAUCAACUAAUGACAAAUAUAAAAUUCAAUUGGUUUCUAGUUUCAAAGAUGGAUUUGGUGGUGAUGAUGAAGAUAAUGAAGAUGAUGAAGAUGAAGAUAAUAAGGAUGAUGAUAGUAAAGGUAGAUCGAAAGGUUAUAUUUCAGCUCACCAAAGAAAAUUAAUGAAAAAAGGUAUUUCAUUAGAAGAGGCCGAAACCUUGGUAAAAGAAAAGAAAGAGAAAGAAAAAGAAAAUGAGCCUGAAGAAAAACAAGAAAAGCAAGAAAAAAAACCAAAGAAUGAACCACAAAAACAUUUGUUACCAAGUCAAAAGAAUAAGUUAAAGAAAAUUAAAGAAAAAUAUGGUCAUCAAGAUGAGGAAGAAAGAAUAGAAAGAAUGGAAAUUUUAGGUUCAGCAGAUAUUGUCGAAAAAGAAGACGAUGAAUCAAAUGAUGAAUCAUCUUCAGAUGAUGAAAAUAAAGAAGAAAGUGAAGAAGCCAAAGAAUUAAAAAGAAAAUCAAGAAAGGAGAAAAGAGAAGCCAAACUUAAAGAACAAGAAGAAAUUAAAAAAUUAUUAGAGGAAGAAAACACAAGUAAAGCAGUCGAUGAUCAAACCAUUUCAAAUAUUGAUACAUUAACAGGUCAACCAAGAGAUGAUGAUAUUCUUCAUUUUGCUAUUCCAGUUGUUGCUCCAUACUCUGUAUUCAACAAUUAUAAAUUUAAAGUUAAAUUAACACCAGGUCAUCUUAAAAGAGGUAAAGCUGCUAAACAAGCUGCUCAAGUUAUCCUUCAAAGUUCAAUCAUCAACAAACGUGAAAAGGAACUCAUUAAAAAUAUUAAAGAUGAAGAUUUAACUUCAAAUAUGUUGGCUGAUGUUAAAUUACACGCUCCAAACUUAUUACAAACUCAAAAGAAAGAAAAGAAGGAAAGAAAAGAAAGAGCCAAAGAGAAAGCAAACGAAUUAAAAGAAUCAUAUAAAGAUAAAGAUAUUUCCAAGAUCAAUAAUAAUAAUAAUAAUCAAAAAGAAAAAGAAAAAGAAAAAGAAAAAAAAUAA